AUAGCAAGCUCGCCCUCUCCAAAAACCUCUCACUUUAUCUUUUUCUAUUGUUCAUCAUCUCAUAUAUGUGGGUUGUUGAAUCUGAUAUUCAUCUAUCAUGAGCAAUAUUCCAAGAUCUCUAACCGACUCCGCCCUCACCCUCUUCAAUCUUGCAAUCUCUGCUUCUGAUCCUUGGCCUUUUUCUUUCGUCUUCUUAUAACCCAUCAAGACAAUUCACUUGUCUUAGUUUUUCUCUUUGUUUUUUCCACUAGACUCUACUAGCUGCUAGGGUAUUUUUGGUUUCUGGGUACGUAAUCAAUAUUCUUGUGAUCGGAAAUGGGGUUUAGCGGCGACAGGGACAACAAACACCACCACCUCAAUUUUCACCUUCACUUUCCCCACCUUCUUCAUCACCAUGUCAAGAACAACAAGGAGCCCAAAGACAUUCCAAAGGGCUGUUUGGCGGUCAUGGUGGGCCAGGGCGAGGAGCCACAGAGGUUUGUGAUCCCUGUGAUCUACAUCAACCACCCACUCUUCAUGCAGCUGUUGAAGGAAGCCGAGGAAGAGUAUGGCUUUGAUCAGAAAGGCCCAAUCACCAUUCCUUGUCACGUGGAGGAGUUCCGCACCGUUCAAGGCAUGAUCGAUAGGGAGACUUCAGUCCACUGCCGUCACCACCAUAAUCAGCAGCAGCAGCACCACCACCACCACCACCAACAUCAUCAUGUCUUGUGUUUUAGGGUUUGAUUUCAUUGUUGUUGGGCAGUUAUGUAAAUAUACAAUCCAUCUAUUAAUUUCCUUGGAUUGAUUGUUUGUUUGUGAGGACGCCUCGGGUUCUUUUCUAUUUCGUUGGGACUUCAUAGUCGUAUUUGGUUGUGAGUUUACGAUGAUCCUGGGAAAGAGAUCAAUGGAUCAUAUUAAUGUGUAUGAUUUGGGGUAUAUUCGUUUUGGUGCCUCAAUAAAGAUGAAAAUCACGUUUUGGGUGCCUUUGAUUUGUA